AUGGACAGCAGCAGCGAGCAGCUGGGGGGAGGGGAGGACGAGGCGGCCUGCACCUCAGCCUCAGAGGGGUGGAGGAGGGGGGAGGUGGAGGGGGAGACGCUGCUGAUCGUGGAGUCUGAGGACCAGGGCUCCGUGGAUCUGUCGCAUGACCAGAGCGGAGACUCUCUGACCAGCGACGUGGGCGAGGAGGCCGACGGAGGCUGGGCCUGUGAGGACAUGUCCUUCUACUGCGACCGCUGCCACAAGUGGGUCCCUGCAGCUCAGCUCAGAGGUGAGCAGCCCAGCUACCUGAAAGGAGACAACUUCUUCAAAUUCAUCUGCUGUGACUGCUCGGAAGACGGAAAGGAGAGCUUUGAGAGGAUGAGACUCACCUGGCAGCAGGUGGUGAUGUUGGCCAUGUACAACCUGUCUCUGGAGGGGACGGGCCGCCAGGGCUACUUCAGAUGGAAAGAGGACAUCUGUGCUUUCAUUGGUCGACACUGGAACUUCCUGCUGGGAACAAGGAAGAAGACCUCCACGUGGUGGAGCACGGUGGCCGGCUGCCUGUCGGUCGGCAGUCCCACCUUCUUCCGGUCUGGAGCGCAGGAGUUUGGAGAGCCGGGCUGGUGGAAACUGGUCCAGAACAGACCGCCGACUCUGCGGCCGGAGGCGGAUAAAUCCACCACCAAGGUGAAAGCCUCUAAACCUGCCGUGGACCCGAUCAUCACCGUGGAGGGGCUGAGGAAGCGCGGCGCCAGGAACCCGGUGGAGAACGCCAUCCAGCUGAAGGAGAAGCGCUGUCGUACACAAGAGGCCAAGGACAUCCGGCGUGCUCAGAAGGAGGCGGCGGGCUACGCGGACCGCAGCGCCUCCUCCACGCCGGUCAAACUGGGAGGCGGCCGCGGGGGGAGCGCCGGGCGCCGGCCCGACCUCGUCCUGGAGAAAGGAGAGGUCAUAGAUUUCUCUUCCCUCAGCUCAUCGGACCGAACGCCGCUCACCAGCCCGUCGCCGUCGCCUUCGCCGGACUUCUCUGCUCCGGGGACGCCGGCGUCUCAUUCGGCGACGCCCAGCCUGUUGUCGGAGGCGGACCUGAUCCCGGACGCCAUGCCGCCACAGGCGCUGUUCCACGACGACGAGGAGAUGGAGACGGAGGGCAUGAUCGACCCCGGGAUGGAGUACGUCCCUCCUCCUCGCUCCAGCCUCGCCGCCCGCAAGAAGCUCCGGCCGGCGCCGCCGCACAUCAAAUGUGAAGCCGACAGCGAGGAAGACGAAGGACUCGAGCGCGCCGGUGACUUUGAGGAGCAGGUGGGACGCGGCGAAGGGGCGUCACUGUCCGCGGGCGGAGGUGUUGGUGCGGGGGGGGCGGAGCGGAGGAGGAUAACUCAUACCGAGAAAGCCGACGGCGGCGUCUCCCAGACUCCCCGCUUCACCUCGCUCAGCCUGUACGAGGAGAGGAUGCUGCUGCGGCGGCUGGACGCCUGCUCGCUGGCCUUGGCCGUCACGCCGCAGGCCAGGCGCCUCCACAGGAAGCUGCUGGUGCGCCAGGCCAAGAGGCAGAGAGGGCUCCCCCUGCUGGACGUGGACCGGGCCGUCAGUGCUACCCUCAGCCUGGUGGGAGGGCUCUACGGCUCCCAGGGGGUGGGGGCGCUGGUGCAGGGGGCCGUCGUGGGGAAAUACUGCACCACCAGCCAGGAGCUGCGGAUUCUGGAUCGGUUCCAGAACAACCUCUCCAGCAGGAGAGGAACCGAGCAGCUUUCUGUGUCCUUCUGGCGCCGGCUGAUGGGAGCAGAGACCAGUUCAGACCGGAGCAUCAAGAGUCCGUACACCUCCCGCACCCUGAAGCCCUUCAUCAGGAGGGAUUACGAGAGUCGUCCAGUGAAGCUGAGGUUGUUGGAUGAGAUCCGAGCGUACCCUCACAGGAAGGAGCCUGACUGGACCCCUGAACCCAAUGCCCCCAUUGACUACUGCUAUGUCCGCCCCAACCACAUCCCCUCGGUUAACGCCAUGUGUCACGAUAACUUCUGGCCAGGUGUCGAUCUGUCGGAGUGCCUGCAGUACCCGGACUUCAGCGUGGUGGUCCUCUACAAGAAAGUGGUGGUGGGCUUUGGCUUCAUGGUUCCUGACGUGAAGUACAACGAGGCCUAUAUCUCCUUCCUGCUGGUCCAUCCCGAGUGGAGGAGAGCCGGCAUCGGCACCUUCAUGAUCUACCAUCUCAUUCAGACCUGCAUGGGGAAAGACGUGACUCUGCACGUGUCGGCCAGUAACGCCGCCAUGCUGCUCUACCAGAAGUUUGGCUUCAAGUCGGAGGAGUACAUCCUGGACUUCUACGAUAAGAACUACCCAGUGGACAGCACGGAGUGCCGCCACGCCUUCUUCCUGCGACUGAGGCGCUGACUUCACGGCUGUUGGACGGCACAAUGCCUGGCUCGAGGGCACCUGGGCAGUGGCAACUGACCACUGUCGAAAUCUAAUUCAACUUUAUUAAACCGAGAAAUUCUGACAAACAAUAAUUCCGAAAAUCUCGACUGGUUUCAUAAAUUCAUUCACUUGUCUCGUGCUUUAGUUUUUCCAUUAAAGCCAAAAUGAAUCCCAAAAUAAAACUUGAGGAACCGGCUUCAGCCAGUUUGUUGUCGUCGCCCUCGACGGUAAAAAAACCACUACGGGAUUCAAGAUGGAAGUUCAGCUCGAGCCACAAAGAACUCGAUGUUUGUGUUCCUGAAUUCUACUUUUCAACAAAUAAAAAAAAUUAAUAACAUGAACUCA